GAGAACUGCCUCUGGUAGUAAAGCUCUCAGGAGGGUAACACAACAUUACACUGCGCACUGGCAACGCUGGAUUUGACGUAUUAUUUUCAUUAAACCACAAUUUGACCGUGACCAGUCCCCAUCGGAGGAGGAAAAUGGUCACAAUGGACGAACUUAGUGAAAUGGAUUGCAGCGUUUUGAAGAGGUUGAUGAAGGAAGACAGUGCGAAAUGUCUUCUUUUGGACUGCAGAUCGUUCCUAGCGUUCAGCGCAGGUCACCUUCGCGGUUCCGUAAAUAUUCGCUGUAACACGAUAGUUCGGAGGCGAGCGAAAGGCUCCGUUAGUUUGGACCAGAUUCUGUCCGGUGACGACGAAGCGAGAGCCCGUCUAAAAUCGGGGCUGUACUCCGCCGUGAUCUUGUACGAUGAGCGGAGCUCCGAUGCAAACAGUAUGAGAGAAGACAGCACAAUCACCCUCGUACAUAACGCUUUGUGUCGAGAUACGUAUAGGACAGAAGUCUAUCUGCUAAAAGGAGGCUACGACAGAUUUUCCACACAGUAUCCCGAUUACUGUUUGAAAACCAAAACCCUGCCCGUAUCCAGCACUCAGUCCAGUGUGGAGACCAGCUGCACCUUCUGCGCAACUCCCCAGCAUGACCAGGGUGGGCCUGUGGAAAUCCUCCCCUUUUUAUUUCUUGGCAGUGCUCUCCAUGCGUCUAAAAAGGACAUGCUAGAUCGUAUGGGAAUUUCUGCUCUAUUGAAUGUAUCUUCAAACUGCCCAAACCAUUUUGAAGGGGAUUACCAGUACAAGUGUAUCCCGGUGGAAGACAACCAUAAGGAGGACAUCAGCUCUUGGUUCAUUGAAGCCAUUGAAUUUAUAGACUCUGUCAAAGAUUCCAACGGCCGUGUUCUGGUCCACUGUCAGGCCGGCAUCUCGCGGUCGGCCACUAUCUGCCUGGCGUACCUGAUGAAGAAGAAGCGGGUGCGCCUGGAAGAGGCCUUCGAGUUCGUGAAACAGCGGCGCAGUAUCAUCUCCCCCAACUUUAGCUUCAUGGGUCAGCUCCUGCAGUUUGAGUCACAGGUCCUGGCCACUUCCUGUUCUGUAGAGGCCGCCAGCCCUUCCGCCACUCUAGGCCCCAAGUCUUCCUCCACACCCACGUCACCCUUCAUCUUCAGCUUCCCCGUGUCAGUGGUGACGCACAGCCAGCCCAGCAGCCUCACCUACCUACAGAGUCCCAUCACGACAUCACCAAGCUGCUGAUACACCGCUGGACUCGGAUCACCAAGCUGCUGAUCAAACUCGCCCUCCUGUCUUUACUGCGCAUUAAUAUCAGAAGAAUAAGUCAUAAUAUCCUGUGGGGACGGUUCACUUCCAAAGACUUUUCAUUUGCAGGAAGUCCAUCGACCCUGACAGGUUGUUCACGUCGCAUCUGGACUUCUCAUUUUUCACUUCCUCUUUCGGCGGCCUUCCUGAAUUCCUUUAAUAGAGAUCGCCGUGGCAUGACCUUUGGCUGGAAGUGUCUUUCAUUAAGUUCGUUUAGCAUUUGUCAGUGCCUUGUAAGGAGAAGGUACACAAACACUUUUACUCACCUUUCUUUAUGACUGAUCGCGAGACAUUCAAAGCAUUUCAACCUGCAAUACAGAUCCAGUUCCUGUCACAGAUCAGAGCAAUAACCUGAUUCUCCUUCCUCCCAGUCGCCACCAAAGCACUGUAUGUCGUGUUUUCCUUUGUUAUAUUGUUUGAUCACAAUUUUAAACGUCUGAUUUUCUUUGCCAAUUUGUACCGAGGAGAUCUUAUGAAUUAUUUCUGCUGUAUGCCUUACCAACAAUGACUGUGGCUAUCUUCCGCAUGGAAUGUUCUCAUCAAUAGACUAUUUAAGGUAUGGUGUCGUAUGAUGCUGGGUUGUACACUGAAUCUUUUUACACUGGAAGUUGUGAAUGGGAUUAUUGGGAAGCCAUUUUCCUGAGUCAAUUUGCUUUUUAAUAUUCCCCUUUGAGAAGCUCUGUGAGGGGAAACUCAAAGAGUCCAUAUAGCAGAUGGUAUGUAUAUGUGUGUGUUGGGACCUACUUCUUUUUUUAUGAGAGUGUGGGCACCUUUUAUAGCACUUUUAAGUGAUACAAAAUUUAUUUGAGGUUUGUUUAGCACCUCGCCGGAAUUGACGUAUUGACAUAUUACAUGGUCUGUUUAUCUGUCAAUCACUGAUGAGAUGAAUGCAAUAAUUUUUACCGUGCUUGUGAAAUGUUAUUGUCUGACGCUCAUGGCAAUAAUCAUUCAGAGGGUUAGGAUUUUUUUUAACCAUCUUCUGUUGUAUCAUAUGUACAUUUUAUUUAUGUCACGAUUGUCAUUGUUAAAUAUAAACUGUGUUCUCUAA